GAGCCUCCAGGGCCCCGCCUCCGCCCUGUCCCGCCCGCCGCGCCGGCCGGUCAGUCACCCGGCGGCGUGUCGCCCGUGUCGGAGCGACUGAAGGCUGAGCGCUGUCGAGCGGGGCCAUGGGGCUUCUGUCCCAGGGCUCGCCGCUGAGCUGGGAGGAGACCCGGCGCCACGCUGACCACGUGCGGCGGCACGGCAUCCUGCAGUUCCUGCACAUCUACCACGCCGUCAAGGACCGGCAGAAGGACGUGCUCAAGUGGGGCGACGAGGUGGAAUACAUGUUGGUAUCUUUUGAUCAUGAAAAUAAGAAGGUCCAGUUGAUCCUGAAUGGAGAAGAUGUUCUUGAAACUCUACAAGAGAAGGGGGAAAGGACAAAUCCAAACCAUCCUACCCUUUGGAGACCAGAGUAUGGGAGUUACAUGAUUGAAGGGACACCUGGACAGCCCUACGGAGGGACUAUGUCUGAAUUCAACACGGUGGAGGACAACAUGAGGAAGCGCCGCCAGGAGGCUACCUCCGUAUUAGAGGAAAACCAGGCUCUUUGCACAAUAACUUCAUUUCCCAGAUUAGGCUGUCCUGGGUUCACACUGCCCGUGUAUAAACCCAACCCAGUCGAAGGAGGAGCAUCAAAGUCCCUCUUCUUUCCAGAUGAAGCAAUAAAUAAGCACCCCCGCUUCAGUACCCUGACAAGAAAUAUCCGGCACAGGAGAGGGGAGAAGGUUGUCAUCAACGUACCAAUAUUUAAGGACAAGAACACAGCGUCUCCCUUCAUAGAAACAUUUCCUGAGGAUGAUGAGGCAGCCAGGGCUUCCAAGCCAGAUCACAUUUACAUGGACGCCAUGGGAUUCGGGAUGGGCAAUUGCUGCCUUCAGGUGACGUUCCAAGCCUGCAGCAUAUCUGAGGCCAGUUACCUUUACGAUCAGCUGGCCACUAUCUGUCCAAUUGUUAUGGCUUUGAGUGCUGCGUCUCCUUUUUACCGAGGCUACGUGUCAGACAUUGAUUGUCGCUGGGGAGUGAUCUCUGCAUCUGUAGAUGACAGAACUCGGGAAGAGAGAGGACUGGAGCCACUGAAGAACAAUAACUAUCGAAUCAGUAAGUCCCGAUACGACUCCAUAGACAGCUACUUAUCUAAGUGUGGUGAGAAAUACAACGACAUCGACCUGACCAUAGAUAAAGGAGUCUAUGAGCAGCUGGUGCAGAACGGCAUCGAUCACCUUCUGGCCCAGCAUGUUGCUCAUCUCUUCAUCAGAGACCCCCUGACGUUGUUCAAAGAGAAAAUCGACCUGGAUGAUGCUAAUGAGUCUGACCAUUUUGAGAAUAUUCAGUCCACAAAUUGGCAGACAAUGAGAUUCAAGCCCCCGCCCCCUCACUCCGACAUUGGCUGGAGAGUGGAAUUCCGCCCCAUGGAGGUGCAGUUGACUGACUUUGAGAACUCCGCCUAUGUGGUGUUUGUGGUGCUGCUCACCAGAGUGAUCCUCUCAUACAAGCUGGACUUCCUCAUUCCUCUCUCCAAGGUUGAUGAAAACAUGAAAGUAGCACAGAAACGAGAUGCUGUCUUGCAGGGAAUGUUUUAUUUCAGGAAAGAUAUUUGCAAAGGUGGCAACACUGUGGUGGACGGGUGUGGUAAGGCCCCUGCUGGCGGCGCAGACCUGUCCUCAGAGGAGUAUGCGCUCAUGAGCAUAGACACCAUCAUCAACGGGAAGGAAGGUGUUUUUCCUGGACUCAUCCCAAUCCUGAAUUCUUACCUGGAAAAUAUGGAGGUGGAUGUGGAUACCAGAUGCAGUAUUAUGAACUACCUGAAGCUAAUUAAGAAGAGAGCAUCUGGAGAACUAAUGACAGUUGCCAGGUGGAUGAGAGAAUUCAUUGCAAACCAUCCUGACUACAAGCAAGACAGUGUAAUAACUGAUGAAAUGAACUAUAACCUUAUUUUGAAGUGUAACCAAAUUGCAAAUGAAUUAUGUGAAUGCCCAGAGUUACUAGGAUCAGGAUCAGCAUUUAGGAAAGUAAGGUACAGUGGAAGUAAAACUGACUCUUCCAGCUAGACUUGCCGCAGAGAGAUUCUGCAAAAAGAUGCAUGUACCGACAUUGAAGAGCAUCUGCAGGACUGACCAGCCCGUGUGGAAGGUGUGGAGACCAAACACUAGCCCUGUGGUGUUGCCCAGGCCAAAGGGCUAGAAAGUGAGUUACAGGCUUCCUUCAGUAGGUGACUUAGAGUUUAUACAGUGUACAUGUACAUGUACAUAGUAAAGUAUUUUUAUGAUUGACAAUGUAUUUUAAUAUAUGUAAAGUCAUUGUGAACUGGCUUGUACAUUUUUUAAUUCUUACUCUGGAGCAACUACUGUCUAAGCAGUUUUGUAAAUGAACUGGUAAUUAAUUGUACAAUACCUGCAUUCCAGAGUUUAAAAUGUUUACUGUAAAUGUUUGUUCCUUUAAAGACUACCUGGGACCUGAUUCACUGGAAUUUAUCACUUUAAAAAAAUUUUUCUUGAUAACUUUUUUGCGUCUUUAUUGUAUACAUUAAACCACUGGAGUCCAUUGCAACUCUUCAAGAGUAAUCUUGGAUUCCUGGCACCUUAUCUAUGAUGUUUCUUCAGCAAUUAGAGUAGCUGGCUGUUUGGUCACCUUGCCCCAAGCUUUCAGUAUUAAAUAAAACUCAUCGGGCUCUGAUGGCUAUUAGAAAAGGAACUUUCCUUCUUUCUUUGUUUAAAUUUGCUGAUUCAGUUAAAUUUAAAGACAACUCUAUAGGAGGAAAGGAGACUUGCCCAGAGGUCAUGUGUAAAGAUCCCUGUCUUCUUCCUUCCUCUCUUCCUCUUGCUCCUCCCUAUACAUGCCAAGAGUACUGUCAAAACAGCAUCAGCUCUUCUGCUUGGCCUGUUAUUCUGGUUGCUACUGUGUAUUAAAUUUUCAAAUCAAA